CCCCGGCCCGCCCCUCCCGGCAGGACUGCGCGCCGAGCCGCGUUCCGCGUCCCCGCCGCCGCCGGGAGGAGGUGCCGCUCGCUCGCUCGCGGCGCGCGCCGGCCGCCAGACUCGGCCUGCGGGUGGGCGAUUUCCUCCGGACCCCAGCUCCGCGCCGCCCGAGGAGGAAGAUGCAGACCUUCCUGAAAGGGAAGAGAGUCGGCUACUGGCUGAGCGAGAAGAAAAUCAAGAAGCUCAAUUUCCAGGCCUUCGCCGAGCUGUGCAGGAAGCGAGGGAUAGAAGUGGUGCAGCUGAACCUCAGCCGGCCGAUCGAGGAGCAGGGCCCCCUGGACGUCAUCAUCCACAAGCUGACCGAUGUCAUCCUGGAGGCCGACCAGAACGACAGCCAGUCCCUGGAGCUGGUGCACAGGUUCCAGGAAUACAUCGACGCCCACCCCGAGACCAUUGUCCUGGACCCCCUUCCUGCCAUCAGGACGCUGCUCGACCGCUCCAAGUCCUACGAGCUCAUCCGGAAGAUCGAGGCCUACAUGAAAGACGACAGGAUCUGCUCGCCGCCCUUCAUGGAGCUCACGGGCCUGUGCGGGGACGACACCAUGCGGCUGCUGGAGGAGAACGGCCUGACCUUCCCGUUCAUUUGCAAAACCAGAGUGGCUCACGGCACCAACUCUCAUGAGAUGGCCAUCGUGUUCAACCAGGAGGGCCUGAGCGCCGUGCAGCCGCCCUGCGUGGUGCAGAACUUCAUCAACCACAACGCCGUGCUCUACAAGGUGUUCGUGGUCGGCGAGUCCUACACGGUGGUGCAGCGGCCCUCGCUCAAGAACUUCUCGGCGGGCACGUCAGGCUCCUCCCCAGGACCGGCUCUCGUGCCCCCGGUCUGGACCGGCUCUGGUCAGAGCGGCGGGAGGACUGGCGGGCGCUCCUGGGCGGCAGGGGGCCUGUGUGCCUCGCUGGCAGGAAGGACGCCAGACCGAAAGUCCAUCUUCUUCAACAGCCACAACGUGUCUAAGCCGGAGUCGUCGUCGGUCCUGACGGAGCUGGACAAGAUCGAGGGCGUGUUCGAGCGGCCGAGUGACGAGGUCAUCCGCGGGCUGUCCCGGGCCCUGCGGCAGGCGCUGGGCGUGUCUCUCUUCGGGAUCGACAUCAUCAUCAACAACCAGACCGGGCAGCACGCGGUCAUCGACAUCAACGCCUUCCCAGGCUACGAGGGCGUGAGCGAGUUCUUCACGGACCUCCUGAACCACAUCGCCACCGUCCUGCAGGGCCCGGGCGCGGCCGCGGCGGCCGCCGGGGCCCCGGCCCCACUGCGGCACAGCCGGCUGCUGGCGGGGCAGGCGGACAGCCUGGCGGGCGAGCGGACGUGCAGCGCGAUGGGCCCGGACCCGCCCUGGGCCGCGGAGGACGGCGCGGGCGGCACUGCCAAGCUGCCGCACCAGCGACGGGGCUGCACCGCCGCCGUGUCGCCCAGCUUCCAGCAGCACUGCGUGGCCUCCCUGGCCACCAAGGCCUCCUCCCAGUAGCCACGGAGCGCAGGACCCAAGGGCGGCGCGGGCCACGGAGCUGCCACGGGACCGGCAUCCUCCCCAGAAUCCCCAGCGGUCUGACGCCCCCCAUGUGUACCUGUUUCCCGACGUCACUGUCUGAGUGAGGGGCGGGGGUGGGGAGAGCCCGGGGGUCCGGCUCCCGGGAGAGGACCCCUGCCCGACUCCUGCUGUGCAGACCUUCACCCGGUUCACACGCGUGUGCUUCAACACUAGGUCUGAGCGGAGGGGCGUGUGCACGUGUGCGAUUGCUGUGCGUGUGCGAGUGUGCGUGCACCUCCGUGUCCUGGUCUCGAUGGCUGCUGCGGACCGGGCUGGGGCCCACAGGGGCCACCCCUGCUGAGACUGCGGGCGCUGGACGGAGCCGAUGGACGGUUCCCCUUCACUCUCCUCCAAGCCCCACCCCAGGCCGGCCGCCUCCCGGCUUUGAGAGGAGCAGGGGGGGCAGGGGGGGCCCCAAACCCCACAGCUACGCGGCUGCCCUUCCCGGAAGCAUGAGCCCCGGAGGGAAGAGGCCGCAGCUGCCGCUCUGGGGGCUCCGUGCUGGGCCCGGGCUGUGGCCGUGCUUCCUUCUCCCAAAGCCCCUCCGCCCCUCACCGCCCGCCCGCAGCCCUCAGGCCUCCUCCUGGACCAAGCGCUGCUCCUCGGACCCCGGAGCAGGCUGCCUGGCGGGUCCCCAGGCUGACCCCGCCCGUGCCAAGGAUUUGUGCCAUGACUUUGGGCAAAUCACCCUGAGAACGCCAGGCCUCCGUGGAGACCAGAACUCUGAAGGGCGGGCUUGACGCCCCAGGCCUGCGACGCACCUGCUUUCCGAGAAGCGGACCUGGAUGGGCCUGCCCUUGGCCCCGAGGCCACGCGGGGUCCCCCUCCCAGGCAGGAGGAGCCGCCCGCCUCCCCCUUACCCCGCAGGCCCAUCCCCUCCCGUACUCACUGCAGCCCCAAGCACUGAGCCAGCCAGGGGAGGAGGGGGAGGGAGCAGCAGCCUAACCUCCCCAGCCAGCCCCUAGCCCGGGGGGCGCACACAGGCCCCGCUGGUUGGUGCAUCCCCAGGCCCACGCUGGCCGCCCUCCUCAGAGGAGGUGUGUCUGUCCCGGACAGUGGGCUCCGGGAGAGAUGCCAGGACCUGCCGUCUUAGGUACCAGUUGAGUGUGAGGAGGAGGAAAAGGCCUGGCUGGCCCGCGAGGCCGGGAGGAGGGCCGGAGGCUGCUGAGCUGGGCGCCUGGCUCGGCGGGGAGCCGGGGCGGCUGCCUUCAGAACUGCCCGCUGCCCUGGACGCGGGCCUGCUGACUAACCGCGUUUACACGACCGAGUGGAACCCCAUUACAAUGUCUGAGCGUCACUUCCGGCUGCCCAAGCCCCGGGCAGCGGGGAGCGUGGCCGCCUCUUGCACUGCUUUGUCUCCAGAAUAAACUACUGAAAUC